AUGUCUCCCCUAUCAACUGGCGAAACGAACUACCCGCCAUACCUCUUCAGAGUCACAACUCAAGGGCUCACUCAUGGAAGCUUCAAGCCUCCUUUUGUCUCACCACACCACGAUCAAGUCGGAAGAAACCAAGAUCUCCCUUCUGAUAUCUUUGCGAACGACAGAGUGUUCCUAAAAGUUGUGCUUGAUCAUCUGAAUGCGACACACCAGGACUGGGACUCCGAAAACGCCUUCAAGUCACCAUUCAUCUCCUUAACAUCCUCUUUAAGGUACGCCGUUGCGGUGGCAGAGAUCCAUUGCUACCGUUUACAUAAGAAACUCAAGAACGCUUCAAGAUUCGAUGUGCGUCAUCCAAUGGGAAGAGUUCUCCUCACUAUCAUCGACACGUCCUGCCUCUCGAAGCUGAUACGCUUGUGGGAUGCGCAAAAGUUGGUCAAUGAGUUCGGACUGAAUCUGAAGAACGCAAACAACCACUCCAUGGACGAAUUUCUGGCAUUUGGAACCGUCACAGGCUCUGCAACUUGUUCUCGGUCUCCGUUCACGAGCAUUGAUUACAUCCUCAUGAGAGAUGAUCUCUGUCGCUAUGCCCCCGAACUUGUUCAUUUCGGAAACCGCCUGACUUUCUGCGACUUUUGGGCCAGUGUCCCAUGUCAAGCGGCUCCCAGUUGGGACGAAUGUCAGCAUGCCUGGCAUAUUGCGAAGCAGUCAACAUAUCUCUCACUCAAGCUCGCUAUACCCAUGUUCUUCUACAUACUCUUCCUAAGAAAUAGGGUCGAUUGGAACACCAACCUCCUUGACCGGGGAAUCGAGUUCAUGUUACAGGAGGUACACCGCAAUUCCCAUAUUUUGAAAGAAUUCUUCCCUCAGGUCUGGACGUUCACCAGUGGCACCGGACAAGGUCAAUUGCACAUUACUAUUCUUGAUUACUUCUGGCCGCGCACCCAACCCUGUAGUGCUACGGUCACACAUCCAGUCGACUUUGUGCACAAGGCUUUGCUACGGCUAGCGCGAGUACUUCAUGACAGACAAGCGGAGCGGACGAAGAAGUACUUUAACAUGACUGUGCUUGGCUUGCUCGCUACCAAAAGCAUACGAGAUACCGCCCGUGCAAUCCUCAAAGCUAUCGACCGUAGCGAAAAGCCAAGCAGCAAAGGUGUGGACGAUGCGGUAGUACAAGACCUGACGCACGGGUAUAAAGCCUGGUUCAAUGCAUUCUCCCAGCAAGAGAAAGUGACUCUUUCCAAGAUUUUUGACUCACUCCAGAACAUCGCUACAAGAUUGGAGCCGAUCACAAAUGCAUCUGCCUACGUUCAAUUCUGGACGCUGGAACUUGCGCAGAUGCGCAGGAUGCUCGAACGACCUGCGACGCUCAAGAGGAAGAGAAGCACAGAGGUCUAUCCGUCGUCCGAGCCAAGUGACAGAUCCUCAAAGACACCACGGCUUGAAGAUCAGGCUCAACCUACUGGGGCAAAGACGGCCCCUGAGGGAUUUCUCCAGAUGCUCGAGAUUCCUGGCCCUGCCAUCUCUCUGUCGCAUGAAGUCCUUCCAAAUAAUGCUGCGCAAUCAGAAGGCAAUAGCACAGACCUGAUUGCAUCUAGAGUUGAAGAGGGGGAAAGACAAGAAGGCUUCUACGUGGUGACGAGAGCAAGGCUCGGUGACCAACAGCUCGAGUAUGAAGUAAAUUUCGAACUGACACAGGAAGCUACAGAUGAUCUUUCAACGAAACGCGCCACCUCUCCAACCAUAGACACUGGCCCAAUGGCCGCAGACAAUCAUCCGAAUGAGAUCGACACAACGACAAAUCUUGAGAGCGCCGACGAAGCGACAAAAAUGGCCCUAGAGGCAGAGGGUCUUCUGAAUCUUCGGGUUGUUGCAGCAACCCUUCCCGCUGAGUCCGUCGUCAAACAUAGCUCUGAGUCCAACAAUGGUUCAUCGAAUGUUGCCACCAUCUUUCGACCAAAGCUUCAGGACCAACAGUCACUAGAGCCCCUAAAUCCUCCUCCCCACGAGAAUGUUCUCAGCAACCAGAUCAAGAGUCCGCCUGGAGUCGUCAGAUCAAAUGGUACGUCAAGCGCUGAUGCAUCUUCAGCAGCAAUUGCAUGGCCUCCAACCGCUCUAGUGCAGAAUAGAUCUAGUCUAGAAGGUCUGUUUCCACGAGAAAGGGUGAGUUCACGCAUGUCUCAUUGCCCUGUCACCAUCCUGAGCCAUCGUUUGAAGCAUAUGGCCGUCCAGGCAGCCAUAAUAGCCCCUCCGGAGCGUCUUGAAGACAUGAUUGUGACCAAAUCGAGGCGCUAA